UAAUGAACCAAUUAAAGAGUUGGGCUCCUCACCCCGGGAGAGCUCUCUGCAGGCUGCCGGGCUCAGGGACUCAAGAGGCUCCCGGGAAGUCACCCAGCGCCCUGGGAGGCAGCCCACGGCCGCGAGUUUCGGGCCUCGGAUUGACAGCGGAUCACGGGAAGAAACGGGAUUAUUAUGAGCCUCUUCCGAGGACCUAUGCUGCCCGCCAUGAGUAGGAAAAAAGGCCAGAAAUACCUCAUUUGGUUGCUGCGUGGUGCCGCAAGCUUCUAGCUUUUUUAUUUUAUUUUUCCUGCAGUUGCUUGGAGUCUCUGAGCUGCAUUGGAUAAAUGCCUUUCCCAUCCGAUUGACUCUGCUUUUCAGAGAAUUUUUUUUUUUUUUUUAAAGAACAACUGUCUGGUCUUCAGUACUUGUUUGCAUUUUACGCAACUGAACGGUUUCUCAGAGUAAUGGCUGCGCUCAGAAUCACUGCCUGAUGCUUCGGAGAGAUGAAUUGCCGCUGAAAGUUUCCCUUCCAUCUUUGGAUGAAUCUCUGGAGUUUAAAUUGUAGGAAGGAAGGGGGAAAAAAACACGAUGAAAGAGAAGUCCAAAAAUGCUGCCCGGACUAGACGGGAGAAAGAAAACAGUGAAUUUUAUGAACUGGCGAAAUUACUACCCCUGCCCUCCGCUAUCACCUCUCAGCUGGACAAAGCAUCCAUAAUCAGACUCACCACCAGCUAUUUAAAAAUGAGGGUGGUUUUUCCAGAAGGACUUGGAGAAGCCUGGGGCCACUCUAGCCGAACCAGCCCGCUGGAUAAUGUUGGACGGGAACUGGGAUCCCAUCUUUUGCAGACCUUGGACGGUUUCAUAUUUGUCGUGGCUCCGGAUGGCAAGAUCAUGUACAUCUCGGAGACCGCCUCGGUGCACCUGGGCUUGUCGCAGGUAGAGCUGACCGGCAAUAGCAUUUACGAGUACAUCCACCCCGCCGACCACGAUGAGAUGACGGCGGUGCUCACGGCCCACCAGCCCUACCACUCGCACUUUGUGCAGGAGUACGAGAUCGAGAGGUCCUUUUUCCUGAGGAUGAAGUGCGUCCUGGCCAAGAGGAACGCGGGCCUGACCUGCGGGGGCUACAAGGUCAUUCACUGCAGCGGGUACCUGAAGAUCCGCCAGUACAGCCUGGACAUGUCCCCCUUCGACGGCUGCUACCAAAACGUUGGCUUGGUGGCCGUGGGCCACUCGCUGCCGCCCAGCGCCGUGACAGAGAUCAAGCUCCACAGCAAUAUGUUCAUGUUUCGGGCCAGCCUAGACAUGAAGCUCAUAUUCUUAGAUUCCAGGGUAGCUGAGCUAACAGGUUACGAGCCCCAGGACUUGAUAGAGAAGACACUUUACCAUCACGUCCACGGCUGUGACACCUUCCACCUGCGAUGUGCCCAUCACUUGUUGCUGGUGAAAGGGCAAGUGACCACCAAGUACUACCGCUUCCUGGCCAAGCACGGCGGCUGGGUGUGGGUGCAGAGCUACGCCACCAUCGUGCACAACAGCCGCUCCUCCCGCCCGCACUGCAUCGUCAGCGUUAACUACGUCCUCACGGAUACUGAAUAUAAAGGACUACAGCUCUCCCUGGAUCAGGUCAAUGCUACCAAGCCGGCAUUCUCAUACGCAAAUUCAACUCCGACCAUAACGGAUAAUAGGAAGGGAAGCAAAUCUCGCCUCUCAACCACAAAGUCAAAAUCAAGGACAUCACCAUAUCCACAGUAUUCUGGAUUUCACACCGAGAGAUCCGAGUCUGACCACGAGAGCCAGUGGGGCGGGAGCCCCCUGACCGAUACGGCUUCUCCCCAGCUACUGGAGCCCGCGGACAGACCGAGCUCCCAGCACCACGACGUCUCCUGUGCCUACAGACAGUACUCAGACCGCAGUGCUCUCUGCUACGGUUUUGCACUCGACCACUCCAGGCUGGCCGAUGACAGACAUUUCCACACUCAGGCCUGCGAAGGAGGCAGAUGUGAAGCUGGCCGGUAUUUCCUUGGCACGCCGCAGCCGGGAAGGGAGAGCUGGUGGGGUUCUCGUUCAGCAUUGCCUCUGACUAAGUCGUCCCCCGAGAGCAGAGAAGCGUAUGAAAACAAUAUGCCCCACAUAACGUCAGUGCACAGGAUUCAUGGGAGAGGACACUGGGAUGAGGACAGUGUCGUUAGCUCACCUGACCCUGGCUCUGCCAGUGAAUCAGGUGACCGAUACCGUACUGAGCAAUAUCAGAGCAGUCCACAUGAGCCCAGCAAAAUUGAAACUCUAAUAAGAGCCACCCAGCAAAUGAUUAAAGAGGAAGAAAACAGACUACAGCUGAGGAAAACAACCCCUGAUCCACUGGUCUCCAUUAAUGGCACGGGGAAGAAGCACGCUAUCUGUUUUGCGAACUACCCUCAGCAGCAGUUGGCAGGGGAUGUCUGCCGCGUCCCAACAGUUGCCAACACUCCUCCCUGUGAACACAUCCAGCAACGAGAUGGAAAGAUCAUGAGCCCACAUGAAAAUGACUAUGACAACAGCCCCACAACACUGUCUAGGAUAAGCAGCCCCAAUUCUGACCGAAUAUCUAAAUCUAGUUUGGUACUAGCUAAAGACUACCUGCAUUCAGACAUGUCCCCUCAUCAAACCCCAGGGGACCACCCAGCAGCCUCUCCAAAUUAUUACAGCUCCCACAGGCAGUACUUUGAUAAGCAUGCUUACACGUUAACUGGAUAUGCCCUGGAGCAUCUAUAUGACACUGAAACCAUUAGAAACUAUUCACUAGGCUGUAAUGGAUCACACUUUGAUGUCACUUCUCAGUUAAGGAUGCAGCAAGAUCCAGCACAAGGACACAAGGGAACAUCUGUUAUAAUAACCAAUGGAAGCUGACACUUUUUUCUAAAAACUUUUGUGCUUUAAAAAAUAACCUUUGAAAUCUAAUUGGAAGAUAUUAUAUGUUUUCAUGCCCGUGUCGUUACCAGCAUUUGAUAUACCACAGUGCACUAGAAAGAAUAACCUAAGGUUUGGGGGGAUUAGUUAAAACACAUUACUUAUAAAAAUUAAAAAUGCACUGGCAUGCAGGGUUAGAGUGAAUGGAGCUAAACUCAAAGCUCGUGCCAUGCAAGGUGAGACGUAUGGAAGAGGUCUAGGCAGGGAGUGCUUGGGGCAGGCUAGCGGAGCAAUUUAUGCACGUUGUGUAAGAGGUGGUUGUUUGGAAAUGCUGCCAAGGGCAGACCUUCUGAAUUGCAGGUGCCCCACAGGUCCCAGCCAGUGAAACUGCUAUGCACUCUUUUAACACAGAAAGUUGGAAUGUGUUCCUCUGAAAUACACAUCAAAAUGUGUACUUCUGGUGAUCUGCUUAUUCCCUAACAGCCAAGUGUGUUAUGCUGCUCCAUGGUAUAAAGCAUCCAUGGCUAACCAAUACAAAAUCAAAAAGGGGAGAAGGAAGAGAGAACUCCUCAAAUUGUUAUUUCCUUGUGUACUCACAUGCAUAGCUAUUUACAUACGCUUGAUUUGAAAGGAGUCAAAUGAGCAGUAUCCUUAUGAUUGGUACGAUCAAAUAUUUCUUCUACUGCAUUUAAAAGGAAGAGGGCCUUUCUCAGUGUAGUUUUGAGAAAUACAAUGGGUUUGGUUGUCUUCGUGUAGAGAUGGGAGAUUUUCCUCAUAUUUUUGAAAGGUUGCACAAGGUGAGUAGUGGAGUGAAAUGGAAGAAAAUUGUCAGGAGAAACAGGGACAAUAGGCUGGAAUUGGGAGUGGUCCAAGAUAAACACAGUUAAGCCUAUGGCUAUAUGCCAUUUAGUAAUAAU